UUAUUUUGGGAUCUAAGAAGAAGUAGAGACUCUCCUAUUUCGUUAGAGAGUACUACUGCAGUAUGAGGCAAACAACUAGGAACAAAAAUAUGAGCUAUGAACAAGUUGAAACUUCAAUUGUUCCACCCUCCUAAACCACCCCCAUCGCAUUCCUCUUUCACCGCCACCGCCACCGCCACCAAGUCUUUCAAUGCUACAAUCAACCGUCUGUCAUCCCAAGGCGCACACGAGGACGUCCUUCUCACCUACGCAACCAUGCUCAAAACCAACACACCACCAGACCCCUACACCUUCCCUAGUCUUCUCAAAGCCUGCACCUCGCUCAACCUCCUCUCCCACGGCCUUUCUUUCCACCAACACGUUCUAGUUAAUGGGUACUCUCCUGAUCCUUACAUUGGGUCUUCUUUGAUCCACUUUUAUGCCAAACUUGGCCGCACCCGCGUUGCCCGCCAAGUGUUUGACAGAAUGCCGGAACGAAACGUGGUUCCGUGGACUGCUAUUAUUGGCUGUUAUUCUCGAACAGGUGAUUUCGAAUCAGCUGUUUGUAUGUAUGAGGAGAUGCGGUACGAGGGAAUUCGACCCAGUUCGGUUACCAUGCUUGGAUUACUUUGUGGAGUUUUGGAAGUUAAACAGGUGCAAUGUGUGCAUGCUUGUGUUAUAUGUUACGGGUUUGGGUCUGAUAUGGCUGUGUUGAAUUCUCUGUUGGAUGUGUAUGGUAAAUGUGGAGGAGUUAAAGAUGCUUGGGACUUGUUUGAAAUUAUGGAAAGAAGAGAAAUAGUUUCAUGGAAUUCUUUGGUUUCUGGUUAUGCCGUUGUUGGGAAUGUUGGAGAAAUUUUGGAUCUAAUGAGAAGGAUGAGGAUUGAAGGUGUGGAUCCUGACCAACAGACAAUUGGGUCAUUGGUAUCUGCUAUUGCAAGGCAGGGUGAUCUUGAAAUGGGACAAUUGGUACAUGCUUUGAUGUUAACCGCAGGAUUUGAAUUGGAUGCACAUGUGGAAACAUCUCUUAUAGCUUUGUACUCAAAAUUUGGAAAAGUUGAUAAUGCUUUUCGGAUGUUUGAACGAACACCAAAUAAGGAUGUGAUCCAAUGGACGGCAAUGAUAUCAGGGCUUGUACAGAAUAAAUGUGCAGACAAGGCACUUACAUUGUUCCAAAAGAUGUUGCUUUCAGAUAUUAUGCCAUCUACUGCCACCAUAGCUAGUGCACUUGCAGCUUGUGGCCAACUGGGCUCCUUAUCUCUUGGAACUUCAAUCCACGCCUACAUGUUACGGCAAAGAAUGCCGUUCGAUAUUGCUGCCCAAAACUCUCUUGUGACUAUGUAUGUAAAGUGCAAUCACUUGGUGCAUAGCCAUAUUGUUUUCGAUACAAUGGAGGAAAGAGACGUGGUUUCUUGGAACGCAAUUGUAGCUGGGUAUGCACAAAAUGGCAACUUAUACCAGUCGUUAUCUUUAUUCAAUGAAAUGAGGAGAACCCUUCAACAACCCGAUUCAUUAACUGCAGUCUCCCUCCUCCAAGCUUGUGCCUCGAUUGGGGCUCUCCAUCAGGGGAAAUGGGUCCACAAUUUUGUCAUUAGGAGCUUCCUUGGAUCAUGCAACAUGAUUGACUCAGCUUUGGUUGAUAUGUACUGUAAAUGCGGUGAAUUAGACACAGCUAGAAAGUGUUUUGACCGGAUGUCAUAUCAUGAUCUGGUCCCAUGGAGCACAAUGAUUGCUGGAUACGGAAGUCAUGGUAAAGGGGUUAUGGCUUUGGAAAUAUACAAUCAAUUUUUGCUUACUGGCCUCGAGCCUAACCAUGUCAUUUUCCUAUCUGUUCUAAGUGCCUGUAAUCAUAACGGGCUAGUCAACCAGGGUUUAAAUCUCUUCUACACUAUGAGAGAGGACUUUCGGGUCGAACCAAAACUUGAGCACCUUUCUUGUAUUGUUGACCUCCUGAGUCGAGCAGGAAGAGUUGAACAAGCAUACGAUUUUUACAAGGAGAUGUUCCCAGAGCCCGAAAUAGGUGUUUUGGGCAUACUGCUUGAUGCUUGUCGAAUGAGUGGUAGUUUAGAACUUGGGAACAUUAUUGCUAGAGAUAUUUGCACGGCGAAACCAACGGAUGCUAGGAACUACUUGCAAGUAGCACAAAGCUAUGCUUCAGUGGAAAGAUGGGAUGGUGUGAGUGAGGCCUGGGUCCGGAUGAGAUCUCUUGGCCUUAGAAAACUUCCUGGCUGGAGUUUUAUUGAGCUGAAUGGAACUAUUACGACAUUCUUAACACAUCACACUUCACAUCCCCAACACGAAGACAUCGUUCGAGUAUUGAAAUUCUUGAGCAAAGAAAUGAGGGAUUUGGGAUCUAAUUUUAGAACCGACAUUCUAAAUAUACUUUAACAUGCAAAUACAGUUUUUCGAGGGAGAUGCAUGGCUCAAUGUGAUUAUGCUCCUCAAGAUGAGAUUGAAUGGGUGGAUCGGCAUAGCUUAAGAGAGGACGCGUUGAAAUAUUCAGUGAAGUAGUGAACCAAAUGGGUGAUAGGGUCCAUGGGAAGCAUUGUAAUACUAUGCAGAUUUGAGUGUCUUCCUCAAACUUGAAGAGACUCUGACCUAGUUGAAAAAACUUGAGGGCUUAGCCUCAAGCCCGAAUUAACAAAAUUGUGUCUACAAGGAUGUAAAUAUGACAUACAGAUUGAGUAUGUACCAUUGGAAAAUUGAACAUAUUUUUUCUAAA